AUGGCCGUAUUCCACGACGAAGUAGAAAUCGAGGACUUUGAAUACGACGAGGAGUCUGAGACAUAUUUCUAUCCUUGCCCUUGUGGCGAUCAGUUUCAGAUCACAAAGGUAAAAGUUAAUUACUAUUUCUUAAUGCUAUAUCUUAAAUUAAAAGGUCUUUUAAUAAGACUGCAUCCACCAAGAAAUUGAGUAAUUUUAAUUUUCAGUGGACAAAAACCUUGUUCCAUAGUAAUUUAAAGAAUAUUGUAUUCUUUUUUACAUUUUCAAGGGUUAGAGAUUUAAUUAGUUAUUUGUAAUAACACCAAAGAAAAUUUUUUAUGGGAGCCCGAGAAAGUGAAUGUAAAAUUUCUCAAGAAUUGUGAAAACACAGGUAAAAUUCUGAAAAUUUCACGUGCAAGCAGUCAUUUUGUGAAAUUUGACAUUAAUUUUCUCGGGCCCCCAUAAGAAAUUAUCUUUGGUGUUACUACACACAACUAGUUUCUUCUAUAGUCCCUUGAAAAAUGUAAAAAAUAAUGCAAUAUGCUUUAAAUUAUUCUGGUACAAGGUUUUUGUCCACUGAAAAUUAAUAUUACUAAUUUCCUGAUGGAUUCUGUGUUAAACGAAUUAAAAGACUGCAGACUACAGAAUUAGCUCUGUCUGUGAUUGAGCCAUAUUGGGCUACCUUUUGUAAACCUUGCUUAUGCUUUUAGUACAAAGAUUGAACUGAUAUUAAAUAAACCCUUUCUCCUGUAUUGGUAACUAAUGUAAUCUUUUAAACCACACUAAAACCACUGCCGUUAUCGUUUUAGGAGGAACUGGAAAACGGGGAGGAUGUAGCUCGGUGCCCAAGUUGCUCCUUAAUUGUGCGAGUCAUCUAUGAUAUGGUUAGUUGUUUGCCUUGUUUGAGUCAAUAGCCUCAUGGGCUAUUGACUCAGAGCCCAUUCGGGCUCAAGAAGUAAUUGUUAAAUAUACCUUAACAUGAGUCAGCUGGGUGUAAGGUGAUAUGUCAACCGACAGAUUGUCUGCACUUCACUUGCAUAUCGAAGGAUAUGACGACUGAUAGUGUCUGAUAAUCAGUCGAAAUAUCACUCGACAGGCCAUCAACAUUCGGUUGAUACUAUAUUGAUAUAGCAUGCAUUUUCUUCUUCUAGAGUUUUAUUUGCUGUCUACUCAAUUUUUUGUUAUUUCUGUUGCCAAGGCAGCAGUUUUGAAGGGACUUUGACCUGUGGCAAAUGUCUGCCUAUCUUGCGUAGCAAUUCUUAAAGAACUUAAGUCCUUGCGAGUAAUUUGUUCAAACACUCCACUUGCCACAAAGGUGGCAUUGCUUGCAAAUGAGGAAUAUGGUAGCAGUAUUGACCGUGUGUUGACCAGCAUACUGACCAAGAAAAGACCAUGUAUUGGCCAAUAUGUUGUAUGUGUAUUAGCCAACAUUACAGCUGAUACACGGCUGACACAUGAGUUGAUAUGUGGGCUCUGCCUAUUGGACAAGUGUAAGUCAAUAUGUCGGUGCAGAAGCUGCAGAAGUGUUUAUCAGAGUCGAAGGUAAUGACUUUUGCGCUGGUUUUCAAAACUUCAUUGCUAGUGUCAUCAACAAUCCUAUUCAAGACUACUGGUAUUGUCAUGGGGAUUAUCAUAUUUUUUCUCACUUACUGCACAUGUAUUAUAUGAUUAGAUGUUUGCAACCAAUGAAGACAGUUUUAAGCUAUAUUCUAUCAAAACUCCUUGACAAGGAGACUAAUAGGAGUUGAUUGACCAUGAUUAAUCAAGUUCUAGAUAAUAAUAAUAAUAAUCACAUUGCAGACAAUUUGCACACCUAUUGCAGCAAUUUAAAGUCUCUACAACUUAUUUUAAAUAACUGCUUAAUAUAUUUUUCAUCUAGGAGGAUUUUAUGGUGGCAGAAGAAGUUGUAGCACCACCACCAGUGAUGGAAAAAGCUUGA